CACGCGCAACCUCGCAUCACCCGAUCGGAAACCUCCGCCAGCUGCGCACGUCCGCCGUCACAUCAGGUUUUCCCACUUAUUUAUUUAAUUCGCUGCUUAUAUAAUGAUACGCGUCGACUCAAAGCACACAUUGGGACAGUGAACCGACCAUUCUUCCAGCUAGUUGCAUGUCCUCCUGAUAGACUUGAAGUGACAGUGCUGACCUGGAUAACUUUCCGAGCCUGCGCCCCACACGGAGAGAGGCUUCGUAGAGACAGCUGUGUUUAGCGGCACACCGCAGCUUUCCCUUCCUCCUCGGCCCAAACUCGGCAUGACGGACCCCGGUCUCACGUCCCCCUCGGCGACCCCACUACGAUCUCCCGACGCGCCGCUCACUGUGUCCUUCCCCUUUCUGAGGGAGGGCAGUCGAGUUUGGGAGGAAAGGGGAGAGCAGCCGCUUCCGAGGGAACUCCCCAGCCCGCUGCCGACGAAACGUACUCGCACGUACUCGGCUACGGUCCGAGCUCAUUCAGGUCCGGUGUUCAAGGGCGUUUGUAAGAACUUCUCAAGAUCACAGGGACACGGUUUUAUUCGACCCAGUCAUGGCGGCGAAGACAUCUUUGUUCACAUCUCAGACAUCGAUGGGGAAUAUGUUCCCGUUGAAGGCGAUGAGGUCACGUACAAAGUGUGCAGAGUGCCCCCUAAGAACCUGAAGGUGCAGGCAGUGGAGGUGAAGAUAAUUCAUCUGAACCCCGGCACGAAACACGAGACCUGGUCCGGGCAGAUCAUCAGUUCUUAGGACGGUGGAUUUAAGCCGCAGGUUGAGAUGGAGGGACUGAAAACGUACAUCACGCGCAUGCUUCCUUUUACGUUACAAUUUUAACAACACAUUAGCGACUGCGACUCCUCUUAACUCAGAUGGUAUCCAGCAUUUUAUUGGUGUGUGCGGAAGGACUUGCUAAACCCAUUCGCUAACCGUUAGUCGUAGUGAAUGAGUUCCUAUUCAGUUAAGGUGCCAAACAAGGUUCCUUACCUUUGAUUUAGCAUACUGAAAAUACUUCUUUUCCUGAUAUUAAUAUGGGCCAAGAUAUUGUUCCUGGUGCUUAAGAUUCACUGCAAGGGUAUUGAGGAAACAUUUUUUGCUUGAGAAUAUAAAUAUUGGAACGUUAAACCACGACGAAGUAGGUUACUUAAAUCGAUGGUUAAUAAGUGGUCAGAAAUAAUUCCCUUGUUCACAGAAAACGGGCGGUGGACCGAAGCAACUGCACAACAUAGGACUUAGAUUUCAACAUUUUGCUGUUAAAUGUUAAAACACUGCAAGUAUUCUCUUUAAUAUUAUUGUCUCGUGUUUGUUGAUUUUUCAUCAAGGUAAAUGAGGGUACCAAAAUAUCCCAAAAUGUGAGAUUUCACACAAAAACUGCACUCAUUUUACUAUCGUGUUUAAAAAAGAAAAGAAAAGAAAAAAAAAACAACACAGUGUAUGGAGCCAAGAGUUGAUAAAAUACUCCUUGUGUGUUUUGUGUAUGCUUAGUUUGUAUGUUAGUGCACUACUGACUUUAUAGUUAGUCAUUGUCACUGAACUGUUGUAUUGUUGAAUUUCGGGUUGUGAUCAGUUUUAUUGUGUUCGAACUGUCCUCCAACCUCUUCAUAGUUUCUUCUGUCUGUGUCAUUGCCUGAAAUGCCAACACGGGAUUUAGAUGCUCUUCUUCACCUCCAAGUUUUGUUUCCUUUGGUGGUAGCUUCUAGCGAGCCUUAGAAAUACAUGAAAAUAUUUCAUGAAUCGGUGUUUGAGUCCGUUUUUUGACAGCGGGGACAGUUUCUGCUUCUUUGAGCUAUAAGUCAACCAAAACUUGACUUUUAACUGUUAAUGUAAAGUACAUAUGACAUGCCAGAAUGUAUAGGCCACGUCAUGUACAUCACUUUACCACCAUAUGGUGACAAUUAAAUGCGUAAUAUGUGCACACAA